UCCAAGGGUCUCGCACUUAAAUCACACAAAGAAGCUACGGCCUACGAGCUUCUUACCGAGUUGCUACUUUCCUUCAUCCCUUGCUUCUCUGAUCAUUGGGGGGCGUACUUGCAUCCCCAAUGAGGGCUCUUUCUUUUUGUGGAGGAGCCCGUUUGGGCUUCUGGGUCACUCUGCUACUGAGUGUAGGUUUCUGCCGCUGCGAUGAUAAGUCGGUCGAGGUGUUUGGCGUUGGAGAAUGCGUGGAUUGUGUAAAGAACAAUAUUAAGAGUAGCCAUGCAUUUUCAGGGCUCCGCGUGGCCAUUGAUUGCAAAGACGCAAAGGGAGAGUUUAAGACAAGAGGCAUCGGUGAACUCGACAAUGAAGGGAAAUUCAAAGUAAAUCUUCCCAGCGAAAUCGUGAAAGAGAAUGGAGAGUUAAAGGAGGAAUGCUUUGCACAGCUCUACGGUGCUUCAAAUUCCCCGUGCCCAACACACAACGGCCUCGAUUCCUCAAAGAUCAUUUUGAAGUCGAAGGAUAACGGAAAGCAAAAGUAUGGGCCGACCGGAAAGUUGGCAUUCUCGCCGAUUACCUGCACAUCGGCUUUCCUAUGGCCUCAUUUCAAGUACCCACCAUUACCCAAAUUACCACCUUUCCCAAGCGUCCACCCAAUGUUUAAGCAUCCAUGGUACAAGCCCUUCCCUCAUAAGGUCUAUUAUCCUCCUGUGGUUUUCCCUCCAUUGCCACCAAAGGUAUAUAAGAAGCCUCUCCUUCCACCAAUACCAAUUUACAAGCCCCCAGUUUAUAAGAAGCCUCUCCCACCACCAGUGCCAAUUUACAAGCCCCCGGUCUACAAAAAGCCUCUUCUACCACCUAUUCCAGUCUAUAAACCCCCAAUCUAUAAGAAGCCUCUCCCUCCACCAGUGCCAGUUUACAAGCCCCCAGUCUACAAGAAACCUCUUCCACCGCCUAUUCCGGUAUAUAAACCUCCAAUCUAUAAGAAGCCUCUCCCUCCACCAGUGCCAAUUUACAAGCCCCCAAUCUAUAAGAAGCCUCUCCCACCGCCCAUUCCAGUCUAUAAACCCCCAAUCUACAAAAAACCUCUCCCACCACCAGUGCCAAUCUACGAGCCCCCUGUCUACAAGAAGCCACUCCCACCGCCAAUCCCAAUUUAUAAAUCACCUUUUACUCCAAUCUAUAAGAAACCAUGUCCACCCAUCCCCCAGCUCCCUCCUUACCCUAAGUUUCCACCAAUCCCCAAGAUCACUCCCAUUUACAAAAAACCCUUGCCUCCUUUCCCCAAAUUUCCUCCGAAGUAUUAUAUCCCCCCUAAGUUUGGUGGCUGGCCUCCUCUUCCACCUUAUUCAUCCCAUCCUUGAAGUCAGUUCAAAAGUCAUUGGUGUAAUUAAAGUAGGACUCCUUUCAUGUGUUUACGAGUAUUA